GUUUCUCUUUGGCCUAUACUCCCCGAGAUACUCCCGACAUUGUCCGGACACAUGUCGCACCAGCCCGUGAGGCUAGCUAUGCACCCACACCUCGGCCGUGAUACACACUACCAUGGCGAGCCAGUUACAGUACCGCAAGGCAGUUAGACAGUCGUCACUGCACGCCAGACCCGGUGCAAUGCAUGCUGCCGAUAUGGUGCAUUUUCGCCCUUUGGACCGCAGCAUACCGUUCUACAUGCUCUUCUUGAGUGACACACCAAGUCGGCGUGACGAGUAUGACGGCGAUGCUGCGAGCGGCAUAGACCUUAGGAGUGCUGCACAGGCGGAGGCGGAGGUGAUGGAGUUAGAGAUGCUUCAAGCGGCGUGGGAGCCUGAGGAGCUGCUGCGCGUGCGUCCUGUGGACCGUGCUCCGGUGAUGCAUCUGUCGCGGACGAUCGACUCCGUUGAUGACUGCGACGCGUAUCACUAAACCGCGGGGCAGCGGUAGUAGUAGGAGGAGAUCCUUGGCCUUCGUGCUGUGUGUUCACCGAAACUCUGGCGAGGGGAGCGGCCCUCGCCGGAGGACUCGUGUUGCCAUGAACACCCGGCAACUGAACCGGGCCAGCCCUCUCAUGAGUACGUUGACCUCCAUCGUUCUCCAUGAUUGUUUAGCAGCGGUUGUGAGUGUAAUGUGGUGGUAGCCUUGCGGUGGGGGUGGAGGCGGA